AUGCCUGGGGAGGGGGAUCUAGCAGAUGGGAAUUCUUGUGUAACGCCUAAGAAAUGGGAGCCAGAAUUCUUGUCUUUCAGCCCAAUCUUAGAAGCUAGGGAAAUUGACAUGCUUCAUCAAGGAAAUGGAAGUACUCCUCCCACACAAGGACUCCGCGCCCCCGCUGAUGAAGAUGUGGCGCAUGAGAGAUUCAUGGACAGGCGCAUGUAUAUGCAGGCGACCCAAGGACGUGUUGAUGACUUUAUUCGAAUUUUAAACUCCACAUCCUCCGAAAAGGAACUUCAACGCUCAGAAAUUCUCUCCCAAGUUAGCCCCCGGAACAACACAUGCCUGCACAAAGCAGUAAGAUUUGGACACCAUAAGCUUGCCAAGUACAUCAUGGGAGAGUGUCCAGACCUUAUGAAAAAGACAAACUCCAAAGGCGACACCGCACUUCAUAUUGCUGCUAGAAAAAGGGAUUUAUCUUUCGUUAAGUUUGUCAUGGAUUCAUGCCCUUCUGGAAGUGGCGCAUCCCGAGAUGUAGAGAAGGCUGAGCAUCCAUUGCUGAGAAUUGGUAACAAAGAAGGAAAUACAGUGUUGCAUGAGGCACUGAUAAACCGUUGCAAACAAGAAGAGGUGGUGGAGAUCCUUAUUAAGGCAGAUCCCCAAGUGGCUUAUUAUCCGAAUAAUGAGGGAAAGUCGCCAUUGUAUCUAGCUGCAGAAGCAAACUACUUCCAUGUGGUCGGCGCUAUAGAAAAAUCUGAAGUUGAGGAGCGCAUGGAGAACAGGGACCGCAAAGUCAAGCCGGCAGUCCAUGGUGCCAUUCUGGGAAAGAAUAAAGAGAUGUUGGAAAAAUUACUGGCCAUGAAGCUCGUCCACCAAGAACAUGAAGAUGGAAGGACUCCACUUCAUUGUGCAGCCUCGAUUGGAUAUCUUGAAGGAGUUCAAAAGCUGUUAGACCAACCUAACUGCGAUCCAUAUCAAACGGACUCUGAUGGCUUCUGUCCCAUCCAUGUUGCAUCUAAGGGAGGCUGUUUGGGCAUUGUCAAAAAGUUGCUCCAGUUUUCCCCCGACUCACAAGAGUUGCUAAGCAAACACGAGGGUUGGAAUUUUCUUCAUGUGGCAGCCAAGCAUGGUAAAGACGAUAUAGUCGAUUUUGUGCUCAAAAGGGAGGGGCUUGAGAAUCUUAUAAAUGAGAAGGACAAUGAUGGAAACACGCCUCUGCAUUUGGCUACCAGGCAUGAACAUCCUAAGGUCGUACACUAUUUAACAUGGGAUAAAAGAGUUGAUCUGAAUCUUGUGAAUGAUGAAGGCCAGACUGCUUUAGACAUUGCAGCAUCAAUGAUGGAUAAACUGAGAAUGCGCCAGGUAUAUCUAUAUGAUGAUUUGCAUCUCGUUUUCUGA